UAACCUACAUCCAUUCUCAAGUUUGUUUUAAGAAGACGACCUAAGGAGGACAACUACUACUCUAUUAUCAAUAGCUCACUGAAAAAGGGUGUCAGGAUCUGAAAACCAGCCCAGAGAAAGAAACAGACUAUAAGAGAACCAGGCUAGGACGUGGACAGCACACUUCUCGUUGACCAAGGGAGCAUACGUAUUUUCUGACGUCAGAAUUUGUCAUCAUCUUUCUGGUUACCGUGCGAGGUGCUUCUUCUGAUUGGCUAUUAUGCACCGCUUAAGGACUACGGUCGCAAGGCUACGGCCAACCCCUGCCUGCCAGAGUGCCCAGAGCCUAUCACACGUCAAGCCCGUGGCAGUGGGAGGUGCCCUGAGGACUUUUCAGCCAAUGAGGCACCUGAAUGCGCCGGUGGCUGCUGAGCCGUUUCUAAACGGGACAAGUUCUAACUAUGUCGAGGAGAUGUACUUUUCUUGGUUAGAGAACCCCAGGAGUGUACACAAGUCCUGGGAUAUCUUCUUCCGCAACGCCAAUGCUGGGGCUCCGCCGGGCGCAGCCUAUCAGAGCCCCCCUCCUCUGGGGGGUCUUGCUCAGGGAUUGGCUCAUGCCAAGGCUCUUGUUGGGGCGCAACCUAACGUGGAGAAACUUGUGGAGGACCACUUGGCUGUGCAGUCACUCAUACGAGCAUACCAGAUCCGGGGUCACCACGUGGCUCAGCUGGACCCUCUGGGCAUCAUGGCCGCCGACCUGGAGCCCACCCCCUCUGACAUCAUCACCUCCAACGAUAAGCUGGGCUUCUACGGCCUGGACGAGUCCGACCUGGACCAGGUGUUUCGGCUCCCCACCACCACGUUCAUCGGGGGCAGCGAGAGUGCUCUGCCUCUCCGAGAGAUCAUUCGGCGCCUUGAGAUGGCAUACUGCCAGCACAUCGGGGUGGAGUUCAUGUUCAUUAACAACUUGGACCAGUGCCAGUGGAUCAGACAGAAGUUUGAGAGGCCCGGAGUCAUGCGUUUCACCCUGGAGGAGAAGAGGACUCUGCUGGCUCGGAUGGUUCGCUCCACCAGGUUCGAGGAAUUCCUCCAGAGGAAGUGGUCAUCGGAGAAGCGCUUUGGCCUGGAGGGCUGCGAGUCGCUCAUCCCCGCACUGAAGACCAUCAUCGACAAGUCGAGCGCAAGCGGGGUGGAGAGCGUCAUCAUGGGCAUGCCCCACAGGGGGAGGUUGAACGUGUUGGCUAACGUGAUCCGCAAGGAGCUGGAGCAGAUCUUUUGUCAGUUCGACUCCAAGCUGGAGGCAGCCGACGAGGGCUCCGGAGACGUCAAGUACCAUCUGGGGACGUUCCACCACCGGCUCAACAGGGUCACGGACAGGAACAUCACGCUGUCGCUCAUGGCUAACCCCUCCCACCUGGAGGCGGUGGACCCAGUCGUGCAGGGCAAGACCAAGGCAGAGCAGUUCUACUGUGGAGACACAGAGGGGAAGAGGGUGAUGGCUCUCCUUCUCCAUGGCGAUGCAGCAUUUGCGGGUCAGGGUAUCGUCUACGAGACGUUCCACCUGUCCGACCUGCCCUCCUACACCACGCAUGGCACAAUACAUGUUGUGGUUAACAACCAGAUCGGGUUCACGACAGACCCCCGCAUGGCACGCUCGUCUCCGUAUCCGACAGACGUGGCCCGGGUGGUCAACGCCCCCAUCUUCCACGUGAACGCCGACGACCCCGAGGCCGUCAUGUACGUGUGCAACGUGGCGGCCGAGUGGAGGAACACCUUUCACAAAGACGUGGUGGUCGACCUGGUGUGUUACAGGCGCAACGGCCACAACGAGAUGGACGAGCCCAUGUUCACCCAGCCGCUCAUGUACAAGCAGAUCAAGAAGCAGAAGGGCGUGCUGCAGAAGUACGCCGAGAAGCUCAUCUCUGAGGGCGCCGUCACCAGGCAGGAGUACGAGGAGGAGAUUGCAAAGUACAACAAGAUCUGCGAGGAGGCGUACGCUCGCUCCAAAGACGAAAAGAUUCUCCACAUCAAGCACUGGCUGGACUCUCCCUGGCCAGGUUUCUUCACGUUGGACGGUCAGCCUAAGAGCAUGAACAGCCCGUCCACAGGGCUCACUGAAGAGGAGCUCGACCACAUCGGAAACAUCGCUUCCUCCGUGCCGAUGGAGGACUUCACUAUACACGGAGGACUGAGUCGUAUCCUCAAGGGCCGUGCGACGAUGGUCAGCCAGCGUGUGUGUGACUGGGCGCUGGGGGAGUACAUGGCCUUUGGAUCACUGCUCAAAGAAGGGACACACGUCCGCCUCAGUGGCCAAGACGUGGAGAGAGGCACUUUCAGCCACCGGCACCACGUUCUCCACGAUCAGAACGUCGACAAGAGGAUCUGCAUCCCGAUGAACCACAUCUCCGACAACCAGGCCCCCUACACGGUCUGCAACAGCUCUCUGUCAGAAUACGGAGUACUGGGUUUCGAGCUGGGCUUUGCGAUGGCCAGUCCCAAUGCACUGGUUCUGUGGGAAGCUCAGUUUGGGGACUUCCACAACACAGCCCAGUGCAUCAUUGACCAGUUCAUAAGCCCGGGCCAGGCCAAGUGGGUCAGGCAGAAUGGUAUAGUCCUACUGCUCCCCCACGGGAUGGAGGGAAUGGGUCCAGAACACUCGUCAGCCCGUCCAGAGAGGUUCCUGCAGAUGUGCAACGAUGACCCAGAUGUCUUCCCUAAACUGUCUGAGGAGGACUUUGCCGUGCGUCAGUUGUAUGACUGUAACUGGAUUGUGGUUAACUGCUCCAAUCCGGCCAACUACUUCCAUGUGCUACGCAGACAGAUCCUGAGCCCCUUCAGGAAGCCUCUGAUCGUCUUCACCCCCAAGUCGCUGCUCCGCCACCCGGAGGCCAAGUCCAGCUUUGACGAGAUGCUGCCAGGUACACACUUUCAGCGAAUGAUCCCAGACUUGGCGUGGGCAUCUGCCAGCCCCCCGAGGGGGGUGAAGAGGGUGGUUUUCUGUACCGGCAAGGUGUACUACGAACUGACCCCGCGAGCGCAAAGAACAGGGGCAUGGAGGCCACAGUCGCCAUCACUCGCGUUGAGCAGCUGUCCACCAUUCCCAUUUGACCUGGUCAAAGCCGAAACGGACCGCUAUCCCAACGCCGACCUGGUCUGGUGUCAAGAGGAGCACAAGAACCAGGGUUACUACGAUUAUGUCAAAGCCCCCGCAUCCGAACAACCAUCAACCGCGCCCUGUCCCGUUUGGUACGCUGGCCGCGACCCUGCGGCCGCUCCAGCCACUGGAAACAAACAGGCCCACCUCCUGGAACUGCAGCGCUUCCUGGACACAGCGUUCAACCCUGGGAGCAUUCGCUGGAAAGGAGUGACAGCCAGCAUAACCACUAGCACACCGUCUUGUCCCCCCAUGACCCGCCCCCCCCCCCCCCCCCCCCCCCCGGCAACCAGGGGGACCUCACAGGACUGCCCCCCACCCCCCACCCCGUGCAAUCCACAGCUCGUCAUCCUACAAUGGCGCACCACACUGGCUGGUUGCCAGUACUCUGGAACUUUGGUUUGGUUCUACCAUGGAGGGCACACACGUCCACAGGAAGGUGGACAGAACAGCCAUCGGCAUGAAGUGGAUCGUAGUCUAUCCGCCCAUCCUCCUCUUCUCCUGCUCUCCACCUUCGUCGACAUCCGUCCGUUCUGCCGCCCUGCCAUCCUCCUUGCUUUGGUUUGCUCCAUCACCCACUCACUUACCUUGCACCCCCCCUCCCCCGUUCCCCCACCCGUGCCAAACAUAAACAAGCCGUCGGGAAGUUACUUGAAAUAUAUCCUAAGACUUAUUGAUAUCUCAUCCGCUUCAGUGGUAACUUAUAGAAAGCGGAUAUGAAAUGAUGGUACGCUGCAGGAUGAGGUGAAAACAUUUAUUUAUUUUUGUAUCAUUGUAUGUCAUUUAUACUCUUUGCUCAUGAAUAAAGACAAGCGUUCCUGUG